CUCACUCAUCAACCUCAUGGCGGACGAAGAAGUAGCGAACACAUCUCCUGACAUGCAACGCUGUACAAUGCAGUGGAAAGACUAUACUAUCGGCUUCGGCGGCGACUCAUAUAAGGUUUUCGAUACCAUCGGGCUCGAGGAACCGCAGCUGGGAAUCAAAGAGUACCUCGAGUCUGUCGAGAACGCCUAUAAGCUCAUCAAGGAAUUGGAUAGACAAGGCGGCAUUGAUCUGCUUCUAUUCUGCGUUCGCGCCGGCAGAGUCACUGCUACGCUUCAGAGCAACUACCGGCUCUUUCACGAAUUUCUCUGCGAGAAGAAGGUUCCAAUUGUUCUUGCGAUCACGAACCUCGAAAGAGAGAAGAGGAUGGAGGAUUGGUGGGAGAGGAACCACAACACCUUCGAGAAAUAUCAGAUCCAGGUCGCUGGUCAUGCGUGCAUCACCGCCGCAAAUAGAUUGGACGGCAGACACAAACUCCUUUAUGAAGAAUCGCGCAUCACGAUCCGCAACCUUGUUAAGAAAUUUACUGCCGACGAGCAGAAACAAGCAUGGAUUGGAGGGGACAAUCUGUUCGUGUCGUUGAUGCGUAAGCUGAAGGAGCUACUUGCAGGGGGUCCGAAUGUGAGAAGGAAGGAUCUUGUCCCUCAUCUCACGAAGCGUUGUGGUAUAUCUUCAGAGACCGCAAAACAGUUGGCUAAAAUGAUCAGGCAAGACGUAGGUUGA